GGCCAAUCCAAGAUCACGAUUCUGGUUCGAGCACAGCCACGGGGAUUGAAAGUCUAUCGUAGGGGCCAGACUUACGUUUCCCUUUCCCUCUCCGUCUCUUUAUAUCUGUCCCUGAGUCGGGCUCACUCGCAGCAAAGCCCUAUUGCUUUCAAUUGAAUUUUAUUUCCCUUCUUUCUAUUCUCACGGUAGAAGUCAACUGCCACCACCGAGCCGAUAAUUACUCGAGCAGCCUAUACCCGACCGAUAAUAAUAAUAUUCUGCCUCUCUCGUCUCUUGAUCAUAACUUCCUCCCCGCCCCGCCAUUCCCCCUCACGUGCGGGGUUCUCAUCAGCGUCGUCAAGCCUGUGUUGUCUUAGCCCACCGCACAUUUAUUUUUCGGAUAAUAAUUCCUUUCACGCACCAUGAGUUUCACCAAUAUGCUCAAUAAGCUGUCGGGACAGCCCGAGAGUUAUGAGAAGAAAUCGCAGUACAAAUUCGGCAGAACAUUGGGCGCCGGAACGUAUGGUAUCGUCCGCGAGGCCGAUUGCAGCUCUGGAAAGGUUGCUGUCAAGAUCAUUCUAAAGAAGAAUGUUCGAGGCAAUGAACAAAUGGUCUAUGAUGAGCUGGAGAUGUUGCAGGCCCUUGAUCACCCAAACAUCGUCCAUUUUGUCGAUUGGUUUGAAUCCAAGGACAAAUUCUACAUUGUUACCCAGCUGGCCACUGGUGGUGAGCUGUUCGACAGAAUUUGCGACUACGGAAAAUUCACAGAGAAGGAUGCAUCUCAAACUAUUCGUCAGGUGCUGGGCGCAGUUAAUUAUUUGCACGAAAGGAACAUUGUCCAUCGAGACUUGAAACCGGAGAACCUGCUUUACCUCACCCGCGACCCAUCCUCGCCUUUGGUCCUUGCCGACUUUGGCAUUGCCAAGAUGUUGGAGAAUCCCAGUGAAGUCCUGACCAGUAUGGCUGGGUCGUUCGGCUAUGCCGCGCCCGAGGUCAUGCUCAAGCAAGGCCACGGAAAGGCUGUCGACAUGUGGUCUCUCGGUGUCAUCACAUAUACCCUGCUUUGCGGCUACUCGCCCUUUCGGUCCGAGAGCCUGUCUGAUUUGAUCGAAGAAUGCCGCAGUGGCCGCAUUAUCUUCCAUGAACGCUACUGGCGGGACGUCUCCAAGGACGCCAAGGAUUUCAUCCUUACUAUGCUCCAGCCUGAUCCAUCAAAGCGUGUCACGUCUCAAGAGGCCCUCAAGCAUCCAUGGCUGAAGGGCGAGUCGGCUAGUGACCGUGACUUGCUGCCUGAAAUUCGGGCAUACAUUGCCAGAUCCCGCCUCAAGAGAGGUAUUGAGAUUAUCAAACUUGCCAACCGUAUUGAGGCACUCAAAAUGCAUGAUGAGGAUGAGGACGACAUCCCUAGCCCUGCAGCCAUGGCAGCUGCUGCUGAUGAUUCUGAAAAGUCCGGAUCUACGUCGGUCGACUCGCCGGCUACUUCGAGGGAGGCCGAGACCGGCACAACUAAGAAGCGGAGUUUGAGUAAGGUUGCACGCGGAGCUAUCUUCCGCGAGGUCGUGCUUGCAAAGGUCCGUGAGCAGAAGGACACUGAAGAACGUGAGAGGCUCGAGCGUGAAGCCCGAGAGAAAACUGCCCAUGCUUGAUUCUCAUUAUAUCGUGGCGUUUAACGUGUGUGUUUAUUUAUUUCUCCAGGCCACUCUUGAGGCCCCGCCCCAUCAUCCGAGGUUUUUUUUUGAAUAUCAUUUUCAUGAUUCCCCGUCCAUAACACGAAUGGUGUAUACAGUAACUUUUGUUCAGGUUGUUCUGAAAACUCUCAGCGCUUAGACUUCAGGGCUUAGCACCUUUGUCUUUUUGGCUCGAAUGUGACUUCUGCCUUGAUAUCAUCCUCUCAAUAGACGUACCUUCUAUAUUACUAUUCUCCUUAAUAUAUAUCAUGUACUAUACUAGAUGACCCAAUCAUGUGGAUGGGCAUCACGUGCCAGGCCACCAUCAGAUGCGCGAGCCAAUCAGAUGACGGGCGCCGGGGAAGUCAGCCUCAGGGCAGGUGAUCGACUGGCGGAGAGUGUA